CUCCUCCUCUCCAUCCAUCCCUCUCUCUAUUUCUCUCUCUCUCUCUCUCUCUCUCUCUCUCUAAAACCCCUCCGAAGCUUAGGCUCCGAAUCCAUCGCGCUCCGAAACGGCCCGAACAGCCUCCUCGACCCGGGUCGACCCGCCCGACUCCUCGAUUGAUGCGCCUGGCUCACCGGAGCCCGCCGCCAUGGAGACCGAGAAUCCGGUGACCUUUGCCUACGUCGGGAGGAGCUUCGCCGCCCACGGCGCCGGCGCCGCCGACCUCGAGUCCUCCUCCUCCUCCGCCUUCAGCGACUGCAACAGCGACAGAUCCGGCGAGUUCACCUCCGCCUCCUCCCAGAGCCGCCGCCUCCUCGUCGCCUGCGCCUCCGACGACUCCGAGGACUUCAUCCGCCAGCUCGUCCGCGACCUCGACUCCUGCUGCCUCGACGAGCAGAAGCAGGCCGCCCUCGAGAUCAGGCUCCUCGCCAAGAACAAGCCCGAGAACCGCGUCCGCAUCGCCCGGGCCGGCGCGAUCAAGCCCCUCAUCGCUCUCAUCUCGUCCUCCGAUCCUCAGUUGCAAGAGUACGGCGUCACGUCGAUUCUCAACCUCUCGCUCUGCGACGAGAACAAGGAGGUGAUAGCGGGGUCCGGUGCGAUAAAGCCGUUGGUGAGGGCCCUGAGGACGGGGACGGCGACGGCGAAGGAGAACGCCGCGUGCGCGCUGCUUCGCCUCUCGCAGAUCGAGGAGAACAAGGUGGCCAUCGGGCGGUCGGGGGCGAUCCCGCUGCUGGUGAACCUCCUGGAGAGCGGAGGGUCGCGGGGGAGGAAGGACGCCUCGACGGCGCUCUACUCGCUCUGCUCCGCCAAGGAGAACAAGGUGAGGGCGGUGCAGGCCGGGGCGAUGCGGCCGCUGGUGGAGCUGAUGGCGGACCUCGGGUCGAGCAUGGUGGACAAGGCGGCGUUCGUGGUGAGCACGCUGGUGGCGGCGGCGGAGGCGAGGGCGGCGCUGGUGGCGGAGGGGGGAAUACCGGUGCUGGUGGAGCUGGUGGAGGUGGGGACGCAGAGGCAGAAGGAGAUCGCCGUGGUGGUUCUGCUGCAGCUCUGCGAGGAUAGCGUCGCCUACCGGACGAUGGUUGCUCGGGAAGGGGCGAUCCCUCCGCUCGUGGCCCUGUCGCAGUCCGGCACCAAUCGCGGAAAGCAAAAGGCGGAGACACUGAUCGAGCUUCUACGGCAACCGAGAUCCGGCGACGCCGCUGCCAGGACAUCAUAGGUGUCAGCUUGAGAAGGUGGUGGUGUCCCCCUCCGGCCCACCCGACCACCAACCGCCACAUGCUUCCCCUCUGUUUUCCCCUGUAUCUAAUCCCCUUCCCCAGCGGAGAAAAAAGAAAAAUCGUAUGUAAAAAUCCUUCCCCCCUCCCACAGAAAAAGAAAAGAAAAAGAACUGUAAAUACGAGUGAAUUUUCUCCUCUUUUUGUUUUUAUUUGAUUUGGGGAAUCAAAACGACACUGUUUUGUUGUUUCUCUUAUCCUUUUUUUUUUUUUUUUUGGACGGAAUGAGUGAGUGGAUUUCUGAUG